UUAAGCAUCCCGCGUUAGGUAAGAAAUUAACACCCUUGAUACAUGAACAUCUAUCAUCUUCAGUUAAUAAAGUUCAACUUCUGAAUUUCAUCAAAAACCAGUUCAUACUUGUCAUUAUUUUGAUGGUCUCACUAUUGCGAUGCCAAAGAGGUGUUGGAACCAAUAGUGUUAGUGUUUUAAAUUCCUCCAUGUUGUUCCUAUUCAUCUUCAGCUUGCUUCCCUCACAAUAUUGGGCUGAAGUUUAUGAUCUGACUCCUUCACAAUCAUUAGCACAGGGACAAACUCUAGUCUCUCCUGGUCAAAUUUUUGAAUUGGGAUUUUUUAGUCCUAAUAAUUCUGCUAAUAAGUAUGUGGGGAUGUGGCACAAAAGUAUAUUUCCCCGUAAAAUUGUGUGGGUGGCUAACAGAGAAAAUCCCCUUGCAGUUACAGACAGCUUGGCUACUUUGAGGAUUGGCAGCAAUGGAAAUCUGGAGCUUGUAGAUGGGAAGCAGAGUUCUGUCUGGUCAACCAAUGUUUCGGUGUCAACUAAUGGUUCGGCUGCAGUUCUUUUAGACAAUGGAACCUUUGUUCUCAAAGGUGAUAUGGGAGCUGAUUUGUGGCAGAGUUUGGAUUAUCCUGGUGACUCACUUCUGCCAAGCAUGUUGCUGGGAUUUGAUAGUAGUACUCGAAACUGGAAUUUGUUGACAUCAUGGAAAGGUGAAAAUGAUCCAUCAACUGGGAUUUUCUCGGUUGGAUUGUCAGCACAGACGCCAACACAAAUAUUCAUUUGUAAAAAUGGAGCAACUCCCCACUGGAGAAGUGGUCCAUGGGAUAAAUCAAAGUUCGUUGGUAUACCUGGAAUGAGUACUCAAUAUCUAAGUGGAUUUACUCUAGAUGAUAAUGUCAAACAGGGAACAAGGUAUUUCUCCUACAGUUUAUAUGACAAUACUCUUGCAUAUAUGGAAAUAUCUUCUGAUGGAAUCUUAAAGCUUAUGCUUUCGCAAAAUGGCGAGAACUGGAGCCUCAACUUUGCCGCACCGACGAAUACAUGUGACAGUUAUGGAGCCUGUGGACCUUUUGGGUUUUGCAAAGCUUCUGACCCUCCAGUCUGCAAGUGUUUGAAAGGGUUUAUACCCAAGUCAGUCGAGGAAUGGAGCAAAAGAAACUGGACAGGAGGUUGUGUGAGGCAAACCAGAUUAUCUUGUGAGAGACACACAAAUACUUCAGUCUCGUCAAUGGGGGAAAAAGAUGGGUUUUGGAAGAUGGAGAACUUGAAAAUACCCGAUUUUCAUGAUUAUCGGACUUCUUUAUCUAACGACGUCAUUGAGGACUGUAAGACACAGUGCCUGAGUAAUUGUUCUUGUCUGGCUUAUGCAUAUGUCGUUAAUAUAGGGUGUUUGGUUUGGUCCAAAGACCUCAUUGAUAUACAGGAGUUUACCUCUGGCGGAGAAGAUCUUUUUAUUCGACUAGCACAAACAGAUUUAGGUGAUGCAAAGCGGACAAAACUAAUUGUCAGCCUCACAGUUAUUUUUGUCAUUAGUAGUCUGGGUUCCAUAGUGUUCGGUUUCCACAGGUUCUCAGCUAGAAAGAAGGGAAACAUAAAAGUAACAACUAAGCACUUUGAGUCAAUUGAUACGACUGAGACUUCAAGAGACAUUCUUCUAGAAUGUAUAAGAGAGCACGAUCGGGCAGAGCAAUUCAUGUAUAAUUAUGAUAGCAUCUUAAUUGCAACAAACAAUUUCAGCUCCACAAACAAACUCGGCGAAGGAGGAUUUGGCCCUGUUUAUAAGGGUAAGCUACAAGAAGGGAAGGAAAUAGCAGUAAAAAGACUAUCUCGUAGCUCAGGACAAGGAGUAGAAGAGUUCAAGAAUGAGAUGUUGUUGAUCUCCAAACUUCAACAUAAAAAUCUUGUUAAGAUCAUGGGUUGCUGUGUCACAGAAGAUGAAAAGUUACUGAUUUAUGAAUUCAUGGAAAACAAAAGCUUGGAUACCCUUCUGUUUGAUCUGUCAAGAAGAGCAGAGCUCGAUUGGGCCAGACGCUUCAAUAUUAUUCAGGGUGUUGCUAGAGGACUUCUUUAUCUUCAUCAUGAUUCUUGUUUGAAGGUAAUACAUAGAGAUUUGAAGGUCAGCAAUAUUCUCUUGGAUGAAAAAAUGAAUCCAAAAAUUUCAGAUUUUGGAUUGGCACGAAUUGUUCAAGGGACACAGGAUCUAGAAAAUACUCAGAAGGUUGUGGGAACACGUGGCUACAUGUCUCCAGAAUAUGCCAUGGGAGGGAUAUUUUCGGAAAAAUCUGAUGUCUACAGUUUCGGGGUCUUGGUCUUGGAGAUUAUUAGUGGCAAGAAGAAUACCAGUUUCUGUUUAUAUGACCAACUGCCAAGCCUCCUAGCUUAUGCAUGGCACUUGUGGAGUGAAGGCAGGGGAUUGGAGUUAGUAGAUGAAGUAUUGGCUGAUUUAUAUUCGUCAGCAGAAGUAAUGAGAUGCCUGCAGAUUGGGCUUCUUUGUGUACAAGACAAUGCUGUGGAUAGGCCAAGCAUGCCGGAAGUAGUUUUCAUGCUAAGUAGUAACACAGACAGUCCACAACCUAUGAAGCCUAUAUUCACUUUCCACAACGCAGUCUCUCCUCAACCACAGUAUGUGAAAAGUCCUUGUUCCGGAAAUGAAGCAACCAUAACGAUAAUCGAAGGGCGAUAGAAAAUGACAAAUUGUUGCUUAAAAAAUUCUGUAGAUUAAACUGCAUUUCAGGUCAAUCAUCAUUCCAUGUCAUAUUCAGUUUAGAUUUUUGGAAAACAAGGAGUUGAAGUUUUGAUAUUCCUUAUGAAA